UCCAACCUCACCAAAUUAAAAACCAAAAUUGCAGCAAUGGAAACUACUGCUAGUCCAAAUGUUAUUACACUCAAGCUUUUGAUCGACACAAAAGGUAAAAGGGUCCUAUUUGGCGAAGCAGGAAAGGACUUUGUAGAUUUCCUCUUCUCCAUUCUCUCUAUGCCAAUUGGCACUAUCAUAAGGCUCUUCUCCAUCAAUGAUAUUGAUAUGGUGGGUACCUUAGCUAAAAUCUACCAAAGCUUAGAAAAUCUUAGCGAAACUUACAUCCAGAAUAAUGUCAAUAAAGAUACCCUUCUCAAACCCAACAAGUCAUCAAUCGAAGAUGACAUUGUCACCCCUCUCACCUUGGCCAAUAAUGUUUCCACGUCCUAUCUAAAACACCUAUACUCUUGUAGUCGCGAGUUUAAUCAUUAUUCAUCGUCUCCCUGCCAGAAUAAUAAGUAUGUAUCCGAUGACCCAAAAGCCAUUUGUCCGGAUUGUCAGAAUAUGAUGAAUAAGGUGUUGACUUACGUGCCACUAAAAACUUCAUCUUCUGGGGCUGAGUUGUUAGGUGGUUUUGUUAAAGGAGUGGUUACUUAUAUGAUUAUGGACGAUCUUGAGGUGAAGCCUAUGUCUACUAUCUCAUGUAUUGCUUUACUUAAUACCUUCAAAAUCACUGAGGUUGGUGCCCUUGAGGAAAAGACAGUUUCAGUUGGUAUUGUUGAGGGAUUGAGUUUGUUGAAGGCUUCUCUGCAGACUAAAACAGUUCUUUCUCAUGUGUUCUUGGAGAAGGGGAACGGGGUCACAAUCAAUUAACAUUCUCCAAUCUAUCAGAGUAAAAUUGAUAGAUAUUAUCUUUUGAGUUUAAACAACUGUUUGUUUGUUUGUUCGUUUAGGGGCAUCCCAUAAAGAGUGUUUUUUUUUUUUUAUAUAUAUAUAAUAUUUCAUGCUCUCAAUAUCCGACAUUUUCCUUUA